AUGAAAUCGAUGAAUUUCGGGAUGCUGUUGAAGGUGCUUCUUCUGGGAGCAUUUGUGUCCCAGGUUGAUGCAGCCCAAUCCAAAGAAUCAUACACGGAACUCUAUCGUCCUCAAUACCAUUACACUCCUGCACAGAACUGGAUGAACGACCCAAAUGGCCUUGUGUAUGCUGAUGGUACAUACCACAUGUAUUACCAGUACAAUCCAGGUGGCAAUACCUGGGGGGCGAUGUCCUGGGGCCAUGCCACCAGUGAUGAUCUCACCCAUUGGAAAGAAGAACCUGUCGCCCUCCUCGCGCGUGGAUACCCAAACAACAUUACUGAGAUGUUUUUCUCUGGAAGUGUGGUCAUCGACGAAUACAAUACCAGUGGUUUCGGCCGCAAGGGACAUCCGCCCUGGGUGGCUAUGUAUACUUCCUAUUAUCCGUCACAGCAGGUCUUGCCGAGUGGGAAGCAAGUUCGCGAUCAGCAGCAAGCACAGUCCAUUUCUUAUAGUUUGGAUCAUGGGGCAACAUGGACUACCUACGAUGAUGGCAAUCCUAUCAUCUUGGAUCCUCCUAGCCCAUACCAGGACCAGUAUCUUGACUUUCGGGAUCCAAAUAUUUUCUGGCAUCAACCUAUUGAAAAAUGGGUUGCUGUUAUCAGUCUUGCAAAAGUUCACAAGCUCCUCAUAUAUACAUCCUCAAAUCUCAAGCAAUGGAACAUGGAGAGUGAGUUUGGACCUUUUAACGCUGUUGGAGGUGUUUGGGAGUGUCCGAACCUUUUCCCGUUGCCUGUUGAUGGAGAUAAAUCAAAGGUUAAAUGGGCUGCCAUUGUCGGUGUUAAUCCUGGAGGCCCGCCUGGAACUGUGGGUUCGGGCAUACAAAACUUCGUAGGUGACUUCAAUGGGUCCAUAUUUACACCAGAUCCGAAGAGCAUACAUGAUGGGGGCCCCCCGGAUGGUAGUCUGAUAUUCGAAGAUUUUGAGGGAAACCGUUCCUUUGCCGAUCGCGGAUGGGUGGCUACUGGCGACUUCAUAGGGACAUCCCCCACGGCUGGUACUCUGCCAGGUCAGAACCCGGUGACAGGCUUCCUCGGAAAGCAGUUGGUCAACACAUUUUUGAAUGGGGAUUUGACUACAGGAACUCUGACAUCACCUCCUUUCAAUGUUUCGUAUAAGUACAUAAACUUUCUCGUCGGAGGAGGGGACAAUAUCAACCAAACUGCAAUUCGCCUCCAGAUCGAUGGUAGUAUUGUGCACGCUACAACUGGAUCCAAUAGUGAACAACUUACUUGGCAAAGCUGGGACGUCAGUGCCUUUCAAAACCAAAGUGCCGUGAUUGAGAUUAUUGACCUCGCCACGGGGGGCUGGGGCCAUAUCAAUGUUGACGAAAUCUCUUUUGCCAAUUCUCCAGCCACAAAUAACAACGCAAACUGGCUAGACUGGGGUCCAGACUUCUACGCUGCCCAAGGCUACAAUGGCCUGGCCCAGUAUCAACGGACGAUUAUCUCCUGGAUGAACAACUGGCAGUAUGGUGCUACCAUACCAACGAGCCCUUGGCGCAGUGCAAUGACCAUUCCUCGUCAGCUUUCUUUGAAAACAAUCGAUGAGAGUAUUGUUGUAGUUCAGCAGCCUGAAGAAAGCUGGAAGGCUAUCAGUCGGAGCAGGAGUGUAUUGACCUUACCUUCUGUGACUAAUAUUUACAAUCUCGGUGAUAUCGGGAAGGCAGUGGAAAUUCAGUUGACAUUCCCGAGCACGGAGGCAGCAAAUGGAAAAUCUGAGUUUGGAAUCACUGUUCGAGCCUCUGAAGAUUUCAGUGAGCAGACACGAAUAGGAUAUGAUUUCACAACUCAGCAAGUGUUCAUCGAUCGAACAAAAUCCGGGGAUAUCUCAUUUGACAGCACAUUUCCAAGUCUCUACUAUGCUCCUCUUUCCCCAAGUUUGAAUAACACUGUAAAAUUACAUAUUUUCGUGGAUUGGUCAAGCGUGGAGGUCUUCGGUGGACAAGGGGAAACCACGAUGACGGCCCAAAUCUUCCCCCCCGAAAAUGCCACAUAUGCGCAGCUUUUCUCUGAAGGUGGAAGUACCAACGAUGUGCAGAUUUGUAUAAGCGAGGUGCGUUCUACAUGGACAUAA